AAGAUAUAUGAAUGUGUAUGUGAAUAAUUGCAAAAUCCAGUACUUAAAUAAAUAAUUGCACCAAAACAAAGAUGAACUCUUGGAACACCGUUACUUUGCUUACCCCCAUUUUUCUCAACAAUGACUACUACUCACCAUUCUCUCUCUGAACCUUUCUAGUUUUGUUUCCCGUCUCUGCUUUGAGACUUUAGAACCAUUUCUUUUACUUGUAAUUUCAUUCUAAAAAAGUAAAAAAAAAAAAGAAAAAAAAAGAAGUCUACCAAACAAGAAACUACAUUUUUUUUUUCCUCAUUUCUUCUCUGUUUUCUCAGAUCUAUAAUCUCAGUUGCCCAGAUCUUUGUUUAUCACAAGUUACAUACUUUUCUUGUGUUAGUUGGUGGUUGUGUAUAAAAAAUGAGUAAAGAAGAAUUUUUGAAGAUACAGAAAUCUGUUCUUAAAGUAAACAUACACUGUGAUGGAUGCAAACAAAAAGUAAAGAAAAUCUUGCAGAAAAUUGAUGGGGUGUUUACAAUUGAGAUAGAUGCAGAACAAGGGAAGGUUACAGUUUCAGGAAAUGUGGACCCAAACAUUCUCAUCAAGAAGCUUGCAAAAUCAGGGAAACAUGCUGAGUUAUGGACUGUACCUAAACCAAACAACAACAACAAUAAUAAUAAUAAUAAUAACAAUCAGAACAACCUUGUUAACCAGUUGAAGAACAUGCAGCAAAUUGACAAGGGAAAAACUAGUGGAGGAAACAACAACAACAAAGGACAGAAUCAAAAUCAGCAGAACCAGAAGGGUGGUGGUGGUGGUGGUGGAAACAAUAACCAACCCAAAGGUGGUGUUCCACAAGGACUAAAUCCACAGCAGCAGCAACAACUCCAGCUUCAACAACAGCUACAACAACUUCAACAGAUGAAAGGGUUUCAAGAUCUACCUCAAUUCAAGGGAAUGAAGAUGCCACCUAAUCAGAACCCAAACCAGCAAAUGCCUAAAGCUGUUAAAUUUGAUGUGCCUGAAGAUGAUGACGAUGAUUUUACUGACGAUGAAUUAGAUGAUUAUGACGACGAAGAUGAUGAUGAUGAAGAUUUUGAUGAUGAGUUUGAUGAUGAAAUGGUUGGUUUACCGCCUAAUAAGAUGAAACCGUCUAUGCCUAUGGGGAAUGGUGCUCACAUGAUGUUGAAUGGGAAUCAUCAACAGCUUAUGAAUGCCAUGAAGGGUGCCAAUUUCAAUCCUGGUGGUGGUGGUGGUGGAAACGGGAAGAAACCUGGUGGUGGUGGUGGUGGACCUGUGCCGGUUCAAAUUCAGGGUAUGGUUGGUGGUAAUGGAAAUGGAGGAAAGAAAGAUGGCGGCGGCGGCGGUGGAGGUAACAAAAAUAAUGGUGGCAUGCCUGAGGCUAAAAAUGGUGGUGGUGGAGGAAACAAGAAUGGUGGGAAUAACAAUAGUAAUAAUCAUAAUCAGAACAACAAUGGGGGUAAAAAAGGUAUUUCAAUACCAAUUGGUGGUGGUGGUGGUGGCAGUGGUAAUGUUCAAGCUAUGAACAAUGAAUUUCAAAAAAUGAUGGCUGCCGGCGGUGGUGGCCGUCCUCACCCUGAAAUGGGUGGUGGAGGCAAUAAUAUGGGACCUAUGAGUAUGCCAAUGAUCCAAAUGGGUGGUAACAUGAUCCCUGCCGUUCAAGGCUUACCUGCCGGCGGAUACUUUCAAGCCGGUGGUGGUCCGGGUCCGGAAAUGAUGCCGGGAAAUCCUUACCAACAACAACAGCAACAAUUAAUGGCUGCUGCAAUGAUGAACCAACAACGAACUGCAAUGGUCGGAGGAAAUGAUCAGAGAUUUCAGCAGCCGAUGAUCUAUGCAAGGCCGCCUCCGGCUGUGAAUUACAUGUAUCCUCCUCCUCCAGAUCCUUACACACACUAUUUCAGUGAUGAAAAUACUUCUAGCUGCAAUAUCAUGUGAUGAUUUGAUUCAUCUCAACCUAGUCAAGGUUCAAACUAUAGUAUCUACCUCACUAAUUUUAUUAUGCAAUCAAUACCAAUAGAACAUGAGUUUUUUAUUUUCAUUUUUCUUUGCUUUGAUCCCCUUUUCAACUUUUAAGGGUUUCUAAUUACAUGUAGUUUAUAGAUAUCUUAUGAUGAUAAUAAUAUUAUUAUGUUCUUGAGAGUAAAUAGUAAGUACUUCUUAUUUUUUUAA